UGUGAUCAGAUUUAUAGAGUAGUUUGUAUAUCCCUGUCUGGAGGGUGAAUGAAUGAACGGUGGCAAAGGGAAACCAGAGCCAUGUCUUUAAUGAUGCAUGAGGAGUCUUGAAGCAGGCCAGAGCAGAGACAAUGCCUGGCUGGCAGAGAAAGGAGUCCUGUGACAGUGAGAGUGAGAGUGGCGGUGGGUACUUGCAACUAGAGUUGGUGCUGACACAGGUGCUACAGUUGGGUCUGACUCUGAAGGCCCAAGUUAGAUCCAGUCUGUUCCAGUCCUAGUCCCUCUGCAUGUCUAGGGCCUUAAGCGGGCAGCGUCUGGUGACCAGGUGGGGGUUCUCCUCUCCACCUGCCGAAUGAGCGCUGUCAGCAUUGGGGGGUACCACGGUCUGCGGGUGGGCUCGGCCCUGCUCAGCAUCGUGGCAGGGUGCAUCAUUAUCGGGGUGUCGAGGGAGUGUGAUGCGGAUGCCGUAGGGGGAAUCUUCCUCGGUGCGGGGGGGCUGGGCCUCCUCAUCGCUGUCUUCCCCUUCAUAAGAGCCUGGCUCAACAUUAACAACAUUCUCCCUACCUUGGGAAACUUCAGAGUGCACCCUAUGCCUGCUAACCCUCCUGGCCCUGAGCAACCAGAGACACUGAAACGAGAAGCGACUCAGAGCCAGCUGAAUCUGGAGCGCUCUAAGAGCCGGAUGGGGACGUUUGUUGAUGCCGGACCGAUGGCUGAGGCCUCCGCAGAUGAGGGGACAUCCUCAGACAUGCCAGACAUCUUGUCCAGACGAAAGUUCAAGCAGACCCUCCCUGAUCCAGACCUCCCGUAAAUUGGUUUUAUAGCAGCCACACAGCACACAUCUCUCAUGCACGCCUACUCAGAUUUGAGUUCACCUUCAAAUGGACUUCACAAGUUGGUGAAUCAGAUGUUUACUUACUUCAACAAUACAAUUCAAAAGCUACAUACUGUGCCUUCUCCUAACUAUCCAGAGGAAUACAUGUUUUUUUCCACAAUGUCUCAUUUUAUUAGCAAUAUUAUCCUUAUCCUAGAGAGAGAGAGAGAGAGAGAGAGAAAGAGAGAGAGAAAGAAAGCGAGAGAGAGAGGGAGAGAGGGAGAGAGGGAGAGAGGGAGAGAGAGAGAAUUAGGCAAAGAGGUAUCAACCAAGGAUAAUCAAGUAGUGGAUAGUAACAUCUCAGCUCAUCGCACAAGAUAAUAAAAGAAUCCCAGUACACGGACUGAGAAGGCUGUUUUCUAAUGUUGAAUUGUAACUGACAUAGUGAAAAAUACACACUGAUUUCAUUGUAUAUCCCACCAGGGGCAAGUCUGGUGUUUUUAGAAGGAAGUCAAGCUAUAUUAGAUAAAAUCCAAACAGAAACAAUUAUUUUAUCAGGCAACCUAAAUUAUAUAUUCGAUAAGAUUGACAGACGUAGCAAUAAAAAAGGAAAUUCAAGGAGCCUCCAAAGAGACUGAACAUUUUCAUCUCUACAAAUAAUUUACAGGACACCUGAAAUAGUGAAAUUGGAUCAUUCUCCGGUAUCAUGCUUAAUUACACCAACAUAAAAUACACUUAGCAACAGUAUAUGGAGAAUGAACAGAGUGCAUCUUCAAGACCCUAAAUGUAAAUCUGUAAAUGAAAAUACGUCAACCUUUACCAUUACAAAUGUAGACAGAGGACAGAGAAAAUGUGUGAUGCUUUUAAGGCAUACAUUAUGGGAAUGAUAAUCUCAUACUCGGCAAAAGUUAAAUCUGAGUUAGAAAUUAAAUACAAAUUUAAAAAAAUGUAUAUCGUAGAAAAAGUCCAUAAAAAAUCUUUACAAGGUAAAGAAGAAAAUAUAAUUUCUGAAUUUAAACAGGAAUAUGAUAUUUUACUUUUGAAGAGAACCAACAACUACAGGUUAAACUCAAAUAAAGCCUACUACUUCAUGGAAAAUAUACCUGGUAAAAAUCUCACAGCCUUCACAAACCAACACAUGCCAAACCAGUUAUAAUCUGAAAAGAUAAAGAUACAAAUGCAUUUGUUAGAAACAACAAUGCGAUUUAAUGACAAUUUUAAAAAGCUUCUAUGAAAAUCUAUAUAAAUCAGAAUUUAACAACAGCUGGACUGAUCCUACAGCCUUGGUAGACACAAUAACCCUGAAGUAACUAUCAGCAGAUAAAAAAGAAUCACAAAAAAAUGGAAAUCAACCAAAAAUAAAUAUUAGACACUCUUAAAAAAUAUAUAUAUUCUAAACUUUGGAAGCGUUCAACUUUCCAGCUGAAAUAAUACAUUUAAUAAAAAUAUUAUAUAAAUAUCAUAAAGCAAAAAUGUACACAAAUAAUAUGACAUGAGACAGGGAUGUCUUCCCUCUACCCUCCUGUUUGCACUGGCAAAUUAAACUGCUUGCAGAAAGAAUUAGGCAGGACCCAAACGUAACAGUUAUCAGUAUUGGUAAACAUGAAUAUAAACUCAACUUAUUUGCUGAAGAUCUCCUGAUAUACCUGAAUCAUACACAUUUUAAUAAUGGAAAUAGGAAAAAUAAUACCUCGUGCUCUACCGAAAUCCUUUCUGUGGACCACAAAAAAAUAUGAAAUACUUAGGAUGCUUAACAAAUAUGUGAAGGUAACUUUAUCCCAUUAUUCAACAACAUGAAAGCAAAGCUAAUUAAAUGGAACAAUCUCACCACAAAUCUUGCAGGUAGAAUAAACCUCUUUAGAAUGGCAUGGCUCCCAAAGUUUUUAUAUUUAUUCUAGGUAAUACCAAUUACCCCACCGAACACAUUCUUUAAAAGAGUAUUCUUGGCCAUAACAGACUUCAUAUGGGCAAAUAAAACUCAUAGAAUAAAUUUGAAAGUUUUACAUGUCCCUAAAUCUGAGGCUGGUUUUAACUUUUCAGAUUUGGAAUUGUAUUAACUCAUCACACAAGGCUUUAACUUGCGACAUAUUGUUAAAUACGCUAAAGAGGAACAAUGGGUACAUAUUGAAUAUGCGCAUGCUCAUACCCAGAAUCUUUUCAUGUGUCUAUUUUCAAAGAAUGGAGCUAAGAACAUGAACAACUUUAUAGUUAAGAAAGUGAAACAGAUUCUACAAGAACCAAUAUCACUCCCUAAAAAGAGACCAAUAUGGAACAAUCCUUGGAUAGCUUUUCAGAAUUUACCGAUAAAUUGGGCCACAAAUUUUAUAACAUGCAAUUUCAAGCUGAUAGUUUUGGACAUCAAAGCAAUGUUGAGGAAGUCCCGUUUGAGUCAGAAAAUGAUAUUCAUAUGAUAGGUAAGAUAUACAAAACCUUACAGAUAGCAUAUCCAACCAACAAUCUCUUAGAAACAAAUAUACAUUAUUGGAACCAAAAAAUAAUACCUCGUGCAUUUUGAACUGAUAUUAGCACAAGAUGGAGGGAAUUUUGGAACAUAACUAAGAAAAUUAAAUUAAAUUGUUUACGUUUAAUCCACUAUAAACUAAUGUAUAGAAUUUAAAAUACAAGAAACAAAAUUCACAAAAUCUACAGCACAAAAGCAGAAUCACGUCUUAAGUGUAAAACUAACAAUGACUCAAUAAUCCAUGCCUUCUGGGAAUGCUAUAACGUUAAAGUCAUGGGCAGAGUUGUCUGUCAGAAGUAUUACAAUGUAAAUGUACUUUUAAUCCAUCUGUCUGCAUAUUUCAAGACAUGGCAUAUGAGGGUGCAGUGGACUAUACUUUUCUCUUCAAUCAUUUUGAAAAAAACGUCUACUUAAAAGCUGGAAAUCAACGCAUCCUCCAUCGUUAAGACUUAGAACUGGUGCGGACCAGGGGAAUCCGACUGUUUAAUUAAAACAAAGCAUCGGAAAAGGCCCAAGGUGGGUGUUGACGCGAUGUGAUUUCAACACAAUGGAAAAGUCAAAUGCUUUCUUAUCUAAAUGUUGAAAGUGCGUGGGUGACGGAGGGAAAAAUAUGUUGCAGUUUGAAACCAUAGAGUGAUUGGGUUAUGGACAUGGGGGUGUGAGCUGGUAGGUCUGGGCAGGUGGGAUGUUCUUGAUAUUUGUGUGCAUAUGUUUUGUAUUGUUAAAAAAACAAGAUUCAAGUGGUGAUUAUGACUUUUAGCAAUUAGCAACGGUCAUCGAAAUUGUUAAAAGUUUUUAAAAACAAUUAUAAUAAAUGCAACAGUUGGACAAUGGAUGAAGAUACUCCCAACGUUUAGAAUUUGUAUAAUCCAUCAGAUAUUGACAGAAUUUUAGUACAUAAAACAUUUUACUGGCAUGGAAAAAUAAUGAAUGGAGUUCAGUGAUUUUGAUGGGAAUUCAGGUAUUCAAUUUAUUGUAAAAUGUCACUUUUUUCUUAGGAUACACUCAUAUGUAACGUUUCUUACUGUAUCAGGUCUUUUAUUAUAUUUUGUGUUCAAUAAAGAAAACUAUUUGUA